AUUCACUUCGUCACUAAAUAAAUGAACUCAAUGCUACUAUAGUAGAAUAACAUUACUUUUGUUUUUUAUUAUUGCACAUUUGCAUAUACAAUUUGCGUACACGGCUGCAUGUGCGUGUACAUGAGCAUGGAGGGGAGGAGGACUAGAGAAUGGAGCACUGCCAGUGAUGGGGAAAUGGAGUUAAAUUAGCGUUACAAGAGUUGUCCCACACAUUACUACUCAGGAAGGAUGGCUCAUGCAGAAAUGAAACUUCUGGAAUGUGCUCGGAGUGGGAGGGGAGUGGGACAAAAGACUUUUGCACUACCAACCAAAUUCAUUGACUACCCGAUCAUUACUAAGAGAGGCAACAGGAUAGUGUUGAUGACAGAAUGUGAAUAAGGCCAAUGAAGAUUGGAUGAGAUUGGAUUUGAAAUUAACAAUAGGCUGUUAGGCUGCAAAAAUAAUUUCCCCCAAACCUACAUGAUGUCAAAUGUAACUUGAUAUGGAUCUGCCUGCAUUAUGGGAGAUAGAGAACACUUUGCAUAUGGUCGUAAAAAAACAAAAGGGAAGUGAAAUAUUGCUCACUAAUUAACAUAUCUGAUCUUGACACCAGUGAUUGCAUGAUGAAGUAUACCUAUAUAUAUAGUAGAGCUUUGUAAUAUCAUGUUGCUUCAGAAAUAUAUUUUUGCAUUUUUAAAUACAAAAUAGUUUGUACCAUUUAUUUUAUGAUGUUGUUAUGUAGUGAUUACUGUAUUUUGCAUUUCAUUUUGUGUCCAUGUUGGCUAAUAGGCUAUGCCAUUUCUGUUCACAAAAAGCUUAGGCUCUACUCCCCCUCCACAGUGUCAAAGUUUAAUAUCAUAAUAUCACAGUGUCCCUUAUCAGAGGGAAUCAACACUUGGCAUUGUAGCAGGACAUUGUGUGCCAUUCGUGUGUGUGCACUUUCACUUUUGUUAGUUGAGGGACUAGAGUGUUUCAGAGAAACGACCCCCUUUAAUGGAAUAGGAUUGAGGGAGAAUAGCAUGCAGGAUAUGCCAGUGCACUGAGAUUUGUUUGAGUGGCUGAAUUUCCCUGUAUUUUGUACAAGUGAAAAGAAUACUUGAAGCAUACAGAUGUUAACAUGGCUUCAGUGAUUUGCAUUCUGCUAGUAUCAGUUAUCACUGCAACGGUCCCAUCAGCUGCUGAUUUUGUGACUAUGAAGUGUCAGAGCAGCACUGGUCACUCUGGCCAGUCCUCAACGCUGGGGUGUGUGGUGAAAGCACUGCAGGAGGGACUGGACAUAAAGAUAAUGAAGGUGUUCUGGAAGAAAGAUGGUAACAUUUUGCUGAAAUUGGAUGGUGACAAUCGAACAGGGGAUGAACGAUUUCAGUUGGCAGACAUCAACUGGAGGAACAGCUAUGAUGUAUCUUUACUUGUGAAAGAUACGAAAAUCUCAGAUGCGGGUGACUAUUCAUGCACUGUGGUCACUAACAGGGGAAUUCUUAAAGGGACGGCUGGAUUCGAUGUCAAAGCAAAGUACUCUGAGCCGGACUUGACAUUCAAGCCUGACAAGGACAUAAAAGAUGACGACUCGGUGGAAAUUACCUGCGUUGCAUCUGGUGGCUACCCCAGAGGUGCUGUCCACUGGUUUGAUAAUUUGAAUUCGAAUUGGACCCGGAGUGCAAGAACCACGGUCACCCAGAUGGAAGACAAGAGCUUCAGACUGCAAAGCACGUUUAUCACAAAGAACCCCUCACAUGGACCUUACACAUGUGUUGUGUAUAACAGUGAAUGGAAGAAAGAGGGCAAUAACACAUUCUCUUUCGACAAUCACAAUACUAGCAGAUCGACAGAUGGUGGUCAGACCAAGAACAUAGCAGCUGGCGUGGUGGUCAUUGGAUCUCUUAUCGUUGGCCUGUUAGUGACAUUGCUGUUAUGUAGAAGACGCUCUCGACGUGCCCUUCGAAGGCCCUCUACCCAACCAAUGCUGAGUCCUGAACAGCAUGAAGACUAUGAUGUCGAAGCCGAAGCUGAAGCCGAAGAACUCCACCCAUGCAGCCCACCAUCGCACAGCUCACCACCAACGUAUGAAGAGGCACUUAAAGAGGACUCCAGGAGUCAUUAACAUCCUAAUAAGAGACUAAAAUGGCAGUUCAAACAGGAACAGUGGGAGCAGAUACCUGCCUUGUCUCUACCACAUUUGUGGUAAAGAAUGUGGACAAGAGUUGAAUAGUUGUACACUCUGGGCUAUGUGCAGUAUGCAGCUACCACGUGCCUUAGUGGUGGUGGUUCUACUGUAAGUAGAUUGUUUGUCCAACUACUACUACUACUAGCCUACUUCAUUGAAAUGAGCUUUUAGAUGUCCUGUCAGCUUUUCAUACUUGUGUAAUAGAACUUAACAUGAACCAUCUGUAUGUUUUGGCAGCAGAGUAGAAAUCACAGGAGUUUACUUGGGGAAUAGGGAGGCCUCGAAUCUUGCGUCCACUGGGUUCAAAACACUUUAGGCACAUGGCUUGAUUCAGACAGAUGGCCUCUGGAAUGGACUCCAUUUCCUGUCUUACGUCACUAGUACUGCUUAGAUCAUGGGAGGCUUUUUCUACUGCCUUGCCUUGUUUUUUCUGUCAUUGUGUAUAGCUGUACAAUGUACAUACAAAGUUUUUAUAACAAAUUGUGGAAUUUUAUGAAAUUCAUGGGUUUCAUCAGGUCCCUUUCCACAGUGUAUAAAAUAAAGCACUUGGAUUAUGAAUGCAGACUCUGGAAAGGGACCUGAUGAAACCCAUAAAAACUGAAAGACCACAGCCUUCUGAACUCGAGCCAAUGCCAUCUUAUUUUUAUGCUUUUAUGACAAAAUGCACUAUCAGAUUUUUCUAUCUUUUUUCAGUUUUUCUUUUGUUUUUAAAAUAAAAAUGUUCUGUAUUGUGA